UUCACACUGAUAAUUCGCAACCCUCAGAAUUGUCAAAAUCGCGAUAAGAAAAUAUUGCAGAAUGUUUUAUUUUAUUUGAUUAUUAUCAAAGUUUUGCGAUAAUCACAAACCUGGCACAUAGUUUGAAAAUUUUACUAACUUUUUACGUGUUUAAUACAUUUUACUGAAGCGGUAGUGUCACGUUAUAAAUGACUAGAAAUAUGCGCGAAUAUUCACGACUUUAUUUAAAAUUUACGGUUUAAAAUCCACUAUUAUGUCUUUUACGCCGUCUAUCCUGUCUCCCUUAUAACAUAUUGUCAACACUUUCAAUUAUAAUAUCAAAUUGUGUUCAUUUAAUAUUUAGUGUCCUUGUAAACUGCAAUCCUCUGAGGGCGUAACCUGUCGUUCUACGGGGUGAAGGCUGUGCAAAAAUGAUAUUUUUUAACCUUUUCUGAAACGUAGUGCAUCUCAUUUUUGUGAAAAAUGGCUGAGGACGAGGUACUUUUCGACGAAGUAUACGAACUUUGUGAAAUAAUCGGCAAGGGCCCCUUCAGUUUAGUCCGCCGCUGCGUGCACCGUCAAACGGGGCAACAGUUCGCGGUCAAAAUUGUAGAUGUCGCCCGAUUUACUGCCAGUCCUGGACUCAGCACUGCUGACCUCAAACGCGAGGCCACAAUAUGCCACAUGCUGAAACAUCCACACAUCGUGGAGCUUUUAGAGACUUACAGCUCCGAGGGAAUGCUGUAUAUGGUCUUUGAGUAUAUGGAUGGAUCCGAUCUCUGCUUCGAGGUGGUGCGCAGAGCUAGCGCCGGCUUCGUGUACAGCGAGGCUGUUGCUUGCCACUACAUGCGCCAGAUCCUCGAGGCGCUCCGCUACUGCCACGAGAACGACAUCGUGCACCGCGACGUGCGGCCGCACUGCGUGCUGCUGGCGGGGCGCGACAACUGCGCGCCCGUUAAGCUCGGCGGCUUCGGCGUCGCCGCGCAGCUGCCCCACCCCACCGAGCACCGCGCGCCGCCAGGUCGUAUCGGGACACCCCACUACAUGGCCCCCGAGGUGGUGUCGAGCCAGCUGUACGGCAAGCCGGUGGACGUGUGGGCCGCGGGCAUUCUGCUGCACGUGCUGCUAGUCGGCUACUUGCCGUUCACUGGCACCAGGGAGAGGCUGUUUGAAGCUAUAUGCAGAGGAAGAUUGCGGUUUGACGCCCCCCUUUGGGAUGACAUCAGCGACUCCGCUAAAGAUUUGGUCCAGCGAAUGCUGACAGUGGACCAUACGCAGAGAAUAACCAUCCAGGACGUGCUCAACCACAGGUGGAUAAGAGACCGCGACAAGCAAAACCGUAUCCACCUCGCCGGCACCGUGGACGAGCUCAAGAAGUUCAACAGCCGACGUCGCCUGCGGGCCGCCACGCUCGCAGCGGCCGCGGCCGACGACGACGAGGACGACGAGCAGCCCGCCAGCAAGCAGGCCGUGCUGGAGGAGGCCAACGCGGCCGCUGUCAAUCUCGUGGUGGAGUCGCUGGACGACGUGGCGGUGCUGCAGGACGGGCCCGGGUUCGUUGACCCCGACCUGUUUCACAGCGUGCUGGAUGAUCUGCAGCUACGAGCGCUUCUCGAGGUGUACGACCGCAUCGCGUGCACGGUGGUGGUGAGCUCGGGGCGCGCGCCGGCGGCCGAGGGCCGGCAGCGCUGCCGCCAGGCGCUGGACGCGGCCGCGCGCCCCCGGCACAGCCCGGCCGGACCCGCCCCGGCCGCCGCCGCCGCCCCCGCCGCCCCCGCCGCCCCCGCCGCCGCCUCCGUCACCACCGCCGCCGCCAUCCACGACCUCCGCCGGGCGCUGGCGCUGCCGCAUAUCAAGGCCCUACUGCAGGCACACGAUGUGGUGGCGCGCGAGGUGUACGGCGAGGAGUCGCUGCGCGCCUCGCCGCCGCCGGUCAACGGGCGCACCACGGCGCCGCCCCCGGACGACGACGAGGACACCGAGCCCGAGUUCGAGAACGUGACCAGGGUGCGCCUCGUGCAGUUCCAGAAGAACACUGACGAGCCUAUGGGCAUAACCCUGAAGCUAGCUGACGACGGAAGGUGCAUCGUGGCUCGGAUCAUGCACGGGGGCAUGAUCCACCGGCAGGCUACGCUGCACGUCGGCGACGAGAUCAGGGAGAUCAACGGCACGCCUGUAGCCAACCAGUCCGUCGCACAACUUCAAAGGAUGCUGCGCGAGGCUCGUGGGUCAGUGACAUUCAAAAUAGUGCCGUCGUACCGCUCGGCACCACCGCCCUGUGAGCUUUUCCGGAUUAAGCCUUCGCCCGUACUAAUAUUUGUAAGAGCACAGUUUGACUACGAUCCCUUGGAGGACGAAUUGAUUCCAUGUGCUCAAGCCGGUAUUGCAUUUACUACAGGAGACAUACUUCAGAUCAUAAGCAAAGACGAUACUCACUGGUGGCAAGCGCGCAAGGACGCGGCGGGCGGUUCGGCCGGGCUCAUACCGAGCCCUGAACUACAGGAGUGGAGAGCCGCGUGCGCCGCCGCCGAACGAUCUAACACCGACCAAGGAACCGAGGGCUGCGUGUCUCAUACUGAUGGAUGUGAAAACACAGUGAAUUGUUCUAUAUUCGGACGCAAGAAGAAGCAGUCCAAAGACAAGUACCUCGCCAAACACAACGCCGUGUUCGACCAGCUCGACGUCGUCACUUACGAAGAAGUCGUCAAGUUACCAUCUUUCCAGAGGAAGACUAUUGUGCUGUUGGGCGCGCAUGGCGUGGGUCGACGUCACAUUAAGAACACUCUGAUCGCGCGUCACCCGGACCAAUACGCAUAUCCCAUUCCACACACCACUCGGCCGCCAAGGGCGGAUGAAGAAAAUGGCAGACACUAUUAUUUCGUUACGCAUGAAGAAAUGAUGGCUGAUAUCGGGGCUAAUGAAUACCUGGAAUACGGCACUCACGAGGAUGCGAUGUACGGCACGAAGAUAGAGACGAUCCGUCGCAUCCACUCGGAGCGGCGAAUAGCGAUUCUGGACGUGGAGCCGCAGGCACUGAAGAUUCUGCGCACGGCCGAGUUCGCGCCCUACGUCGUGUUCAUCGCCGCGCCGCCGCUCAACAACGUGGCCGACUACGACGGUUCGCUGGAGGUGCUGGUGCGCGAGUCGGAGCAGCUGCGGCGCACGUACGGGCACUACUUCGACAUGAGCAUCGUUAACAACGACAUCGACGACACGCUCGCGCAGCUCGAAGCCGCGCUGGCGCGCCUGCGCUCCACCCCGCAGUGGGUGCCAGUCUCCUGGGUCUACUGACACGCAGACUCCUAUUACCUUUAAACGGACUAACCAAUCAUUCGAACGGACGACACUUUUUUUCUCAAACAAGUUCGACUUUGUUUCGGGAUUAAUGUUUAAUUUUUACGCAAGAAGUUAACUCUUGAUGCACUCGUAAGCAGUAUUUUAGUAUUCACUCAACUUUACGUGCGUCGCUCGAGUUGUGUAUAAUGUUUUCUUAGAAUCAUUGACAUAAUGUGUCCACCUACGAAAUUUCAGAUAAAAUACCUCUAUCUGCAAUGAACGAUCGUUUUCUUAGCGUUAUCAACAGAUCAACAAAGCACCUUUAUCAGCAGAUAAAGGUGCUUCGAAAGCCAUUACGCUAGUAUUGCCCUGUAUUGCACUAACACUACACUCACGAUACCUACUUGUUUAACUCUAAUAACUUCUCACAGUAUAGGUAUUUUAUGUUUUUAUUUAAUGUUCCCAAUUUCGUAGACGAUGCGUCUGAGUUAACUGAUUUUGUAUAAGUUAUUGCGAACAUUUUAAUACAUAUUUAUAGUAUACACUUUUCUUAUAAAUAAUUAUAAUGGCCGCGUCUCCUUUGAGCACAAGAAGUAAAGGUUUGGAGUCUUACAAAUGUUUACAUGAAAUUUAUCUUCUUGUAUCUCUGGAAACGCGGUUUAAAACAAUGUACCUUUUUAAAAUUUUAUUAAACAGUUUUCACUGUAUGUACUUAUCUACACGUUUAUGAAAUUAUAAUAAAAAUAUGUACCCUUAAUACACGUUUUGGAUGAAAAACAAAGAAGGAUCCGCAAAAAAAAGAAUGUGGUUAAAUCGCGUCAUUUAAUAAUGACAAAGAUUCAUUGACUGUAUAAAAUUUGUAAAGUGUAAGGAAAAAUCCAGCGCCCGAGUUUGACAGCCCAAGAAGUUGGCGCUAUACGUUGCCAUGUUUCGUGAUAACUGAAUUAUCAAACCAAAGUUACUGCAUACGGCGCAUACUGUGCAAAUCCGUAGAGCGCCAUCUACUGUCAAAUUGAAAGCACGAAUUUGUCUUAGAGUUCACAUUGUAUCUAGUACAAUCCAUGAUUCUUUGAUAAUAACAACACUAUCUCCAAGUACUUAUUGAUUACGAUAAUCUCUACAUUGUUCCUUUCUCUCUUUAAUCAGUGACAAAUAGAUAUCAUUAUUUAAUUUCUAACUACAAGGAUCUUGAAUCUACUGAAGCUUGCAUGGUGUUUGGUGCAUGACCGCUCAAUUUCACUAUUAUGUGCCAAAUGUGUGACUGCAUACCAAAUCCCACGAUAAUAACGAUACUAGACACUUGCACAUUAACAACAUGAAUUUUGGAUCAAUUGUACAUAAAUAUACAUUAGGAAGUAAUUUUAAAAACUAAUCGUCUAGAAAAAUUAAGUAGCUCAACAAAUGCAUACAUUAAUAAUUAUCUUUAAGAUCUAUUCGACUAUCUUAGAUACUAUUUACCUACCUACCGAUAAAGCGCUUUUUUCGCCCUAGGUACACACAGUGUAGGAAAAUAUAAAAAACCUACUUAGUGACUAAAUCAAUGUAAUACAUUGAAACAUUUUGAACAAAAAAAUCCUUAUGAGCAACUUGAAAACGAAUUUUUACUUGAAGCAACCAGUACCUAACUGAAAUCAAUUGGCGUGCAGUUGAGUUGUACCGCGUGUACUUAAGGCGAAGAGUGGCCAAUCACAUCACAGAAUUAGAAUUCACAGGGUUCCAUGUACCAGUAUGUUUAAGUGUCAAAAUGAUCCUCUUUCUUGUAUUUUAGGGCCAAAAUACAAUUACGCAAUACGACAUAGUAUCGCAUAGGUAUCGUAUUUGAGCUCUAAGGACAGCUCCCUCGCAUGUUUAUGUGUAAUAACAUAUAGAUAUUAUAGCUACCUUCUUAUUUCUCACAUGAUGACAGUUAUCGGCGCAAAUCAAACUCGUGUACUAAAGUCUUAAAAGUUGGUAUUGAUGAAAUAAUAAUGACACCAAAGUCAAUAACUCUAAAUACGAUAUCAGUUUUUAUGA